AUGCCUCCAUUUUUCGAUCGCGUCCAGCUUCACGAUGCCCUGCAAAACCAAGCCAUCCCCGUCCUCGACGCACUUGUCACAAACGACAACCGUUCGUUCAGACGCAUUGAGCGCGACGAUCCUCCGUCCUACGCAUCGUCGACUGAGUCGGAAGAGCUCAACGAUGAUUUCCUUGCGCCACCACCACGACCACCACGCGGCGAGCUACCAGAAGAGCUGAAAGCCAUCAUGGAGCAACCGAUCAACGGCGAUGAAAUGAAGCAUUAUGCAUUCGACAUGGGAUCUAUCCAGACCGCGUCGAUUUAUAUCACACAGAAGCGAAGAGAGAGGAAAGCCGGGUAG